AUGGUGAGAAGCUUCCCGUCGCCCUCAUUCCAUCUUCCCGUCGCCCUCAUUCCAUCUUCCCGUCGCCCUCAUUCCAUCUUCCCGUCGCCCUCAUUCCAUCUUCCCGUCGCCCUCAUUCCAUCUUCCCGUCGCCCUCAUUCCAUCUUCCCGUCGCCCUCAUUCCAUCUUCCCGUCGCCCUCAUUCCAUCUUCCCGUCGCCCUCAUUCCAUCUUCCCGUCGCCCUCAUUCCAUCUUCCCGUCGCCCUCAUUCCAUCUUCCCGUCGCCCUCAUUCCAUCUUCCCGUCGCCCUCAUUCCAUCUUCCCGUCGCCCUCAUUCCAUCUUCACGUCGCCCUCAUUCCAUCUUCCCGUCGCCCUCAUUCCAUCUUCCCGUCGCCCUCAUUCCAUCUUCCCGUCGCCCUCAUUCCAUCUUCCCGUCGCCCUCAUUCCAUCUUCCCGUCGCCCUCAUUCCAUCUUCCCGUCGCCCUCAUUCCAUCUUCCCGUCGCCCUCAUUCCAUCUUCCCGUCGCCCUCAUUUCCCGUCCCGUCGCCCUCGUUUCCCUUCCCGUCGCCCUCAUUUCCCUUCCCGACGCCCCCAUUUCCCUUCCCGUCGCCCUCAAUUCCCUUCCCGUCGCACUCAUUUCCCGACCCGGCGCACUUAUUUCCGCCGUCACCCUCAUUUCCCGUCCCGUCGCCCUCAUUUCCCUUCCCGUCGCACUCAUUUCCCUUCCCGUCGCCCUCAUUUCCCUUCCCGUCACCCCCCAUUACCCUUCCCGUCGCAAACAUUACCCUUCCCGUCGCCCUCAUUUCCCUUCCCGUCGCACUCAUUUCCCUCGAGUCCUCCCUCCCCCUCAUCCGCCCUUCCUCCACCUCUGCAUCCUCUCAUCCUCCCUUCAUCUCAUCCUCCCUUCCUCUUAUCCGCCCUUCCUCUCAUCCUCCUUUCCUCUCAUCCACCCUUCCUCUCAUCCUCCCUUCUCUCAUCCUGUCUCCCUCUCAUCCUCUCUCCCUCUCAUCCGCCCUGCGUCUCGACCUUCCUUCCUCUCGUCCUCCCUCCCCGUCUUCCGCCCUCCCCCUCAUCCGCCCUCCCUCUCAUCCUCCCUUUGUUGGUGCAACCCUACGUGA